CGGAAGCCUGAGGUGAAGAGUCGCUGGCGGUCAGUCUGGUUGCCGAGCGAGCGUGCGCAAAGGCCGCUGGGAAGCUGCGGAGCCCGGGACAGCGCGAUGGCGGAGGCUCGCGGCGCGCUCCCGGGCUGGGUCUCGGUGCUGGGCUGGGGCCUGGCGCUGUGCUGUCUGUGCGGGGCGGGCCCGCUGUGGAGUGGCAGCCAUGAGUGGAAAAAACUAAUUUUGACCCAGCACUGGCCCCCCACAGUAUGCAAGGAAGUUAACAGAUGUCGGGACUCUCUGGAUUACUGGACAAUACAUGGACUAUGGCCUGACAGAGCAGAAGAUUGUAACCACUCCUGGCACUUUAACCUAAAUGAGAUUAAGGACCUUUUGCGAGACAUGAAGAUCUACUGGCCUGAUGUGAUUCACCCGUCUUCUAAUCGCAGCCAAUUCUGGAAACAUGAAUGGGAUAAACACGGCACCUGUGCUGCCCAGGUGGAUGCCCUCAAUUCCGAGAGGAAGUACUUUGGGAAGAGCCUGGAUCUAUACAAGCAGAUUGACCUCAACAGUGUACUACAAAAAUUUGAGAUCAAGCCAUCUAUCAACUACUACCAGCUUGCAGAUUUCAAAGAUGCACUUACAAGAAUCUAUGGUGUGGUGCCUAAAAUCCAGUGCCUUAUGCCAGAACAGGGAGAGAAUGUACAGACCAUUGGGCAGAUAGAGCUGUGCUUCACCAAGGAGGACUUCCAUUUGCGGAACUGUACUGAGCCAGAGGAGCAGCCAUCCUCCGGGCAGGAAGCCCGGCUGGCCAGGGAGGCUUCGACGCAUGGGAUGAUGGUCUGCGAAGACGGCCCGAUCUUCUAUCCUCCACCCAAGUCCCAACACUGAUGUUCACAUUUUGGAAAUAUUUUAUGUUCCACAAAGUAAGAGAAGUUCCCAAAUCAUUGCUUUCUAAAAAUUCACUAAAAAGUUUCUUAAAAUGUG